UUUUGUUAAACAGCCAUAAAUUUGUAGUCACAGAGAGGCCUUUCAUGAGCAGGUAAAGCUGGAAAGUCCCAUAGGCUCAUCUGGCCACGGUGCUGGUGACCUUGGGAGUCUCCAGGGUCAGUUUUCCUCCCCGUGCUGUAACUCCCACUGUGUGGGGGUGUGGAUCCCUCAGAGGGAGGCAGAAAAAUGCGGAUGGGAUUUUUUUUUAAGUGUGAUUUUUUUCAAUGUGAGUUUGCAGGUGUGAUUUUUCAGUGUGGCUUUCAAUGUGAUUUUGCAGAUGGAGUUUUUCCAACUUUGCAGGUCUGAAGCUGAGCACCCGGGUGAUGCUGCUGCCCCCAGAAAUCACAUCUUGGGACCUGGUGUGUGCCUCGCGCUGGAAGGUGCCCCUGGAGCAGACCACGCACCUGCUGGGCUGGACGCUGGGCAGUGUCACCGCCGGCCUGGCCUGUGACAGGUUCGGCCGCCGUCCCACCUUCCUGCUGUCCCUGGCGCUGGCCGUGCCCGCGGGGCUGGCCGUGGCGCUGGCUGUGGAUUUCCUCAUGGUCCUGGUGGCACGGCUGCUCUUCGGGGCCGCGCUGGCAGGAGCCUUCCUCGCCCUCUACGUGGCACGGCUGGAGCUGUGUGACCCCCCGCACCGCCUGGGGGUGACGAUGGUGGCCGGAUUCUUCUGGAUGGCCGGGGAGCUGCUGCUGCCGGGGCUGGCGCUGCUGUGCCGGGACUGGCGGGUGCUGCAGGGCGCUGUCACCAUGAUCCUGGCCCUGCUGGCUGCCAGCUGGUGGUGCCCGGCCCUGCUGCUGGAGUCACCGCGCUGGCUGCUGGCCACACGGCAAGCGGAGAGGGCCAGGAAGACCCUGCAGGCGCUGGCCGAGGACAACUGCCCCCAGGACAGCCUCCUCGCGGAGCUGGAAGCCCUGUCCGAGGGGCCCCCGCGGCCCCGGUACCACUCGGUCUGCGAGAUCUGCAGCUCCAGGGUCAUCUGGAAGAACGGCGUCAUCCUCGGCUUCGCGGCGUUCAUCGGCUCCGGCAUCCGCCACUGCUUCACCCGCAACCUGCUGCCGCACCUGCCCCACUUCUUGUCCUGCCAGCUGGCGCUGCUGGGCACCGAGGCGGCCGCCUGCCUCUUCGUGUGCCUGACCGCCGAGCGCUUCGGGCGCCGCGCCAUCCUGCUGCUCUGCACCGUGCUCACCGGCAUCUCCUCCCUCCUGCUGCUGGCCCUCACCCAGUACCUGCUGGAGCUCAUUGUCCUGACCCUGUCCGUGGUGGGCACGGCCGCCUCCCACGCCGUCACCGUGCUCAGCAUCUUCUUCGCCAGCGAGGUUCUGCCCACCGUGGUCAGGGGCGCCGGGCUGGGCCUGGUGGUGGGCGCCAACUUCGUGGGCAAGGCCGCGGCUCCCAUCACCGCCAUCCCCAACAGCCGCGGCUUCUUCCUGCACCACGUCGUGUUCGCCUCCUUCGCCAUCCUGGCGGUGCUCAGCAUCAUGCUGCUGCCCGAGAGCCAGGGCCGGGGCCUGCCCCAGUCCCUGCAGGACGGCGAGAGCCAGCGCCGCCCGCCCCUGUUCCGCCGCCCCCGCCGCGAGGACCACCUGCCCCUGCUGGCCCCCCACGCCGUCCCCCACGACUAUUCCUGCCUGGCCGCCUCCACCAAGAGGAUGCUGCGCUCCCCGGAGCCCCCCCGCGAGAUGUAGCCGUGCCCCCCGCGCUCCCCGGGGCUCUCCCUGCUGCGGGGGGGCUGAGCAGGGAUCCCCCCCUCCCCAGGGAUGUUUGGGGGGCAGCAGGACGCGUGGGCUGGGGGAGCAGCGCCCACCCCGCGGUGGGGCCGGGUGCC